AUAAAUAAAAUAAAGAUGGUACUGUCUGUUGAGUAUGCGCUCUUCUUCAACCUAGGAAUUAAUGAUCACGUUAUCUCCAUAACCUUGUUCGUUGCCAUUCUCUGUCUCUGCCUUGUCAUCGGCCACUUGCUCCAGGAGAAUCGGUGGGUUAACGAAUCCGUUACUGCUAUACUCUUCGGCGGCUUAAGUGGAACCAUCAUCUUGCUAAUAAGUAAAGGGUCAAGUUCUCAUAUCCUGAGAUUCAGCGAAGAGCUCUUCUUCAUAUAUCUGCUUCCUCCUAUAAUCUUCAAUGCUGGAUUUCAAGUCAAGAAGAAGCAGUUCUUUCAGAACUUCUUUACCAUAAUGCUGUUUGGAGUGGUGGGUGUUUUCAUAUCAUCAGUGAUCAUAACAGCAGGCAGCUGGUGGUUGUUUCCCAAGUUUGGAAUUACCGGCUUAACAGUACGAGAUUAUCUGGCAAUCGGUACGAUAUUUUCUUCUACAGAUACAGUCUGUACAUUGCAGGUUUUACAUCAAGAUGAGACCCCUCUGUUGUACAGCCUGGUGUUUGGAGAAGGAGUGGUGAAUGAUGCGACAUCGGUUGUUCUCUUUAAUGCCAUUCAACAGCUUGAUGUUUCCAGAUUAGAUGGUUGGGCAGCUUUCCAUGUCUUUAUGGAUUUCCUUUAUUUGUUCUCAACAAGCACUGCUCUUGGCUUUUUUGUUGGUCUUUUAACAGCUUACAUCCUCAAAGGCUUGUAUUUUGGAAGACACUCGACUGUUCGUGAAAUUGCUUUGAUGAUGCUAAUGGCCUAUCUGUCGUACAUGGUGGCUGAGUUGUUGCACCUUAGCGGGAUUCUGACCGUCUUCUUUUGUGGUAUUGUUAUGUCUCACUAUGCAUGGCAUAAUGUCACAGAAAAUUCAAGAAUUACAACAAGGCACAUAUUCUCCACUAUGUCCUUCAUAGCUGAAACUUUUAUAUUCCUCUACGUUGGAAUGGAUGCUCUCGACAUUGAAAAGUGGAAAACUAGCAAAUUAAGCAUCUGGACUAACUUCACAGUAUGUAGCACCACAGUCCUGCUAAUUCUACUUGGACGUGCUGCUUUCGUAUUCCCUCUGUCCAUUUUGUCUAAUUGCUUGAACACUAAUACCGGGAGGACAUCAAUUACGUUCAAGCAUCAGAUAGUUAUAUGGUGGGCUGGACUGAUGAGAGGGGCAGUUUCGAUUGCCUUGGCUUUUAAGCAGUUUACAUAUUCAGGAAUUGUAUCAGUACCCGUCAAAGCCACUAUGAUCACAACAACUGUCAUUGUCGUUCUCUUCAGUACAAUGGUUUUCGGCUAUCUCACGAAACCUCUUAUUAGCUUUUUGCUUCCGCAUGGUCAUGGACACCAUCGGGAGCCAAAGUCACCAAAGGAUGAUCCUACACUUCCAUUGAUUUCCAUGGAAGAAUCAGCAGCAACAAAUAUCCAACGUGCUAAAGAUAGUUUGUCCAUGUUGUUUGAAAGGCCUGUUUUCACCAUCCAUCACUACUGGCGGAGGUUCGAUGACACGUAUAUGCGACCCAUAUUUGGUGGGCCUUCUAGGGACAAUGUUGAUGUUGUUUCUCUCGAUCACAACAUAGGGUCAUUUGCUGAUACACAAGUACCCUGAACGUUUUGCAGCCCUAAGGUAGCAGCAGCAACAUGUUAACUGCCUUAAAAGCUGUUUGCCGACACACUACACUUUGUUGUAUUGUUAUAAUUAUGUACAAUUCCUGUGAUGUUUUGUUCAGUUCAGUUCAAUUUCUUAUAAAAGGUUUAGGGAAUUUUGAUAUCAGAAACUAUUCAAUAAGGAACAAAACAUGGAUAUAUAUCACGUGUCUAGCAAACUAACAGUGCUGUUAUGUCCUACCAUAUUUACAAGAUGAAAGACCAAAAAAAUUAAAUGUA